AUGGCACCACCUCCUCCGCCGAGAGCUCCGCCGCCGCUCAGACCGAAGGUGCCCCCGCCUCCACAAGCCAAACCUGUAGCAGCUCCUAGUGAUACCAACUCCAAUGUGAUCCCAACACAACAACAGGCUCCACCUCCUCCAAGAAAUCCGCCACCUCCGAAAAAUCCGCCACCUCCGAGAAAUGCUCCCCCUCCGAGUCGUCCACCAAGUCGUCCGCCUCCGCCAGUUCCAUCUCCUCCAACAGGUCCACCUGGACCACCACAGGGCCCACCACCUUCAACAGGCCCAUCUGGACCACCGAAGGGCCCACUGCCUUCAACAGGCCCACCUGGACCACCGAAGGGUCCACCGCCUUCAACCGGUCCACGUGGACAGCCAAGCGUCCCACGUGGAGCUCCACCUGGUCCACCCAAAGACGCACCACCGCAGCCGCCGAAAAGUGCACCGCCCCCACUACCAGUUCAAACUGAACCUGAAAAAGAUGUCGCGGCUGAAGCUGCUGCCAGUCUUGCCGCCAUCCAGAAGCUUUUGCGCCGCGGACGCCUCAGUUUCACGUUGUUGGAAGCACGUGAGCUUCGACGCAAAGGCGGAUCGGUGGACGCAAAGCGAUUUAGUGCCGACGCGUUCGUGAAAAUCGCAGUAGGCACAAACCCCUUGUCCGCUCUGGAAAAGCGCAGCAAGACACUCAAGAAGAGCGGAACACCGGUGAUUUUCCACGAAGAAAUCGUAGCAUUCGACCUCACAGAUCCCGUGGCAAUUGUGACCGAUGGAGAUCUACCGAUCAAGAUCGAGAUCUUCGAUGAGAACCUGCUGUCCGAUGAAUUGCUAGGAGAAGUCAAGUUCUCGGCACUGCGCUUCUUCGACGGUCAACCACAUCGAGAAGUUUUUCCUCUGUCGUUGACGUCUGUGCCCGGUGCUUCUUGUGGUGAGAUUGAGGUCGAAAUCAAGCUGGAAGAAGCACUGGUCGGAAUGCUGUCUAUCGUAUUGAUGGAAGGUCGAAACCUUAAGAGCAUGGAGCUCAUUGGGAAGCAAGACCCGUAUUGUCAGCUCUCUAUAGGCAAGUUCACCAAGCGGGGUAAAACCAUCGAGCGUGGCGGCCGGAACCCGUACUUUGGAGAGGAGGAGCUCCUCUUCUGGUUCGGAGACGAUCUCUGGACGCAGCAAAUGGCACUGCGCGUGUUUGACGAAGAUAUCGGCAGUGACGAUCUCAUCGGUGACGCGAAGUUCUCUGUGCUGCAUUUCAUGGCACACCGCGGAGCCCAAGAGCACGCUAUACAGCUGCGUAAUAAGGGAAGUCCAGCCGGGGAAGUCUUAAUAAGGAUUGAGUUCUUCCCAGCAGGUCUACUGACAGUGACCUGUCAUGCUGCCAAGCAGCUACGCAGUGUGGACGCCAUUGGACGACAAGAUCCGUAUGUCAAACUCACGCUGGAUGGCCGAGCAACGCAAAUGGUCAGGAAGACAAAGACCGACACGGACGGUGGUAGUGAGCCUGAAUGGGAAGGCGAGGUCUUCCGCUUCGACGUAGUGGACCAGUAUAACUUGCAGGUGGAGGUCUGGGACGAAGACUCUGUCGGUGCUGACGACCUCAUUGGUGCGGCGUCGCUUUCUCUGCUGCCAAUCUUCCGCUAUGGUUAUGCUGACGACUGGCUUAAGCUCUGGGUCAAAGGCCGAUUCGGGAACAAAGAUCCUGCUGGCAUGUUGCGUCUCGAGAUGAGCUUUGAAGGGCCUGCAGGCGUGGCCUAUCCACAGCACCAGGUCGGUAUGGAUCGCUUCACUGAGAAGGAACGUCGAACCAAAGAGACAGCAGGGAUGAUCCCAUCGGCAUCGGAACCUGACGGUGGACAGGAUGCAGCGAUAGCUGCCAAGGCACAUGCUCUCACCAGACCAGCAAAGCGCGUCGUUGACAAUACCAGCGAGUUUUCGGAAGAAGAACUCUUGGGCGCAUUCCGGUUCAUGGAUAUCGAUAAGAACUCCUUCAUCGGGGCAGCGGAACUCCGUCAUCUUCUUAUCUGCAUGGGUGAACUCAUCACCGAUGCUGAAGUGGAUGAAAUGGUGCGGCUUUGCGAUACGGACGGGGACGGACAGGUGAGCUUCGACGAGUUCCGGCGAAUGGCGAUACAUCCCGACCCAGGCGGGCCAGAGUUUGCUAUGGCAAUGACCAAGGACGAGCCUGAGCAACCGGAGCCAGUCAGUGGUCCAGAUUUUACAGUUGAAGACAAGCAGCGGCAGCAGGAAAUCAAGCAGGAGAAGUCCAAACUCAUGCGUCGAUUUGUCCAGGACACCCAUCCGAGCCUCGAGAUGCUGGAACGAGUGGCCAAAAAAUUCCGUCAAAUGCAACACGAUGUUCUGGACUUUGAGGACUUCUGCUCGCUGUUCGAGGUAGAACCCACGGGCGAGUAUCGCCGCCUCUUUGCUUUGUUUACCCCGGACAAUCAAAGCGACUCUGGUGCAGACUUGCGCGAGAUACUUCUCGCUGCGGUGAAUUUUGUCAGUGGCGUUGAUCGCACGCAACGCGUACGCUUCUGCUUCGAAAUCUUCGACGAUGACCGCAAUGGUUUCAUCACAGAAGACGAACUUGUCAACAUCCUUCGCGCGAAUUAUCUCGCCACGACGGAUGAUCAAGUGCGCAAAAAAGCUCAAACGAUACUGCGCCAAGCUGACGAUGACGGUGAUGGUCGAGUGAGCUUGGACGAGUUCCACGCCAUCUCUCGCAAGUUUCCGAAUCUUCUUUUCCCGCCUCAUGACGCAAGUGGCAAAUAG